AAUUGUCAGCUUUCGAAGGAUUUGUCUUCGCGGCGGCUUUUUAAGACCUUGUCGUAUACUGAUUUACGGUACACCCUACCGUCUCUGAUCAUAUCCAAAUCAGAUUGGAUCCUUCCUUCUACGAAACUUUUGGUUUUUGAGAUUCACAUUCCUUCUUCCUCUGUUUCAUUCUAACGUUUUAUCCUUUUCUUCUUUGCCUCUUCCACCAACUGUUUUCUCUCCCUCCCUCCCCCUAACUUCUCCAGGUUUUUAUACUGGAAAAAAAGAUGGAAGUUAGUGGAGACUCUGAUAACUUAAAGAACCGUCCCUUGACACCUCUAAGGACUCUAAGAGGUCUCAUCAUCUUACUCAUCUUCCUCUCUACCGCCUUCAUGUUCCUCAUCUACUUCGCACCACCUUUUGCAUUAGCUCUACGCUUUCUCAGCGUGCACCAAUCUAGAAAAUCCAUAUCCUUCAUCUUCGGUUACUGGCUAGCUCUAUGGCCUUACCUCUUUGAAAAAAUCAACGGAACAACGGUUGUCUUCUCUGGAGACAGCCUUCCUGUAGAGAAACGUGUUUUGCUGAUAGCUAAUCACAGGACGGAGGUUGAUUGGAUGUAUCUAUGGAAUAUCGCUUUGAGGAAAGGCUGUCUUGGUUACAUCAAGUAUGUGCUCAAGAGCAGCUUGAUGAGGCUACCUAUAUUCGGAUGGGGGUUUCAUGUUCUUGAGUUUAUACCUGUGGAGAGGAAGCGUGAGGUUGAUGAGCCUGUUAUGCUUCAAAUGCUUUCAACGUUUAAGGAUCCUCGUGAGCCUUUGUGGCUUGCUCUCUUCCCUGAAGGAACUGACUUCACUGAAGAGAAGUGCAAGAGGAGCCAAAAGUUUGCAGCUGAAGCUGGUCUUCCAAAACUUUCAAACGUACUUCUACCAAAGACAAGAGGUUUCAGCGUUUGCUUAGAAGCUCUACAUAACUCUUUGGAUGCAGUUUAUGACUUGACUAUUGCGUACAAGCCUCGUUGCCCAUCUUUCUUGGACAAUGUAUUUGGUACUGAUCCUUCAGAAGUUCACAUCCACGUUAAGCGUGUUUUAGCAAAGGAGAUUCCAGCUAACGAGGCAGAGUCUUCUGCUUGGUUAAUGGAUUCAUUUGAGUCCAAGGAUAAGCUUUUAUCUGAUUUUAGUGCUCAAGGGAAGUUCCCAAAUCAAAGACCAGAAGCAGAACUAUCUAUGCUCAAGUGUGUUGCAACGUUUGCAGUGAUAGUAUCUUUGACGGUACUGUUUCUUUAUCUCACCUUGUAUUCACAUAGCUGUUUCAAAGUAUAUGUUGGUCUUAGCUUCAUGUAUUUGUCUUUUGCUACUUACUAUAAGUUCAGACCUUCACCAUCUCUUGCCUGUUGUAAAGGAGGAGGUUCUUGUAAAGAAGCAAAAAUUCAUUAACUCUGUUGUACAUAACAAUUUUUUUUAUUUCCAGACAAGAAUUUACAGGAAAAAAUAAGAUUUAU